AUGGACUUUAUGCAAGUGCUGACAAUUAACUUGCUGCUGCAGGAAGUGUACAGCAUUGGCGGCGAGUGGAGCAGCAAUCAAACCAACAGCAACAGUCGACGUCCCAAAGUAAUACAUCUAUUUGCAGUGCCCGUAGAUGGCGAGUGCCUAUCGAAUGAUGGCCGCCGCUUGGGCAACUGCCUGAAUGCGUACGAAUGCCGUCAAAAGGGUGGAGAGGCCAAAGGCGAGUGUGCCAUGGGUUUCGGCGUAUGCUGUGUAUUUGUGGCCACGUGUAAUGGAACCAUAAGCAAUAACCUUACGUAUAUUGUGUCGCCGGAGUUUCCCAGUUUUAUGCCCAGCAACUUUACUGGUUGCCAGCUCAGUGUCAAGAUGAUGAGUGAAGACAUAAGUCAGCUGCGUCUCGAUCUAUAUCACUUCUCCCUGGGUCAACCCAAUCGACGCACCGGCGUUUGCGAUGGAGACGUCUUCAAUAUCAGCGGUGGUCCCGGUGGACCCUUUACGCUCUGUGGCCAAAACAGCGGACAGCAUUUGUACUACGAUGUGGGAGUUCGCGCGCUGCCGCGUCAGACAACGUUGUAUGGAAGUCUGCGACCGCCAGCUGCUACAAACAUGAGCACCUUUAACGGUUACAAUGCUGUGGAACAGCUCAUCGAGAUCAGUAUUAAUCUGUCGACACGCUUUUUGCCCAUUCGAUUGUGGGAGAUUCGGGUUGCACAGAUACCCUUCAGUCAGCGCGCACCGGCGGGAUGUUUACAAUACCACACCGGAGUAGAGGGCAUUAUGCAGACUUUCAAUUUCGCUGACAACGGAAGGCACUUGGCCAAUCAGCACUAUCGCAUCUGUAUGCGCCAGGAGUCCGAUAUGUGCUCCAUCGUAUAUCAGCCAUGCGAUGAGCAAUCCUUUCGCAUUGGUGGAGGCGGUGGCUCAAUUAUGUCCGGCAUGAACACUAUGGCGAGCAGCAGCAGCAGCUCUUCCAAUCCCUCGCAAACGGAGGCGCCAUCGACGGCGUCCAUAGCUGUUAAUAGCACACCCACAAAUACCAUGACAAUGGCCAGUUUCAUGCAAAUCAUCAACAAUUCGCUCAAUCGCACCACAACACCGGGGCCCGCGCAGCCAUUAACAAACAAUGCCAGCACAGUGGCAACAACUACAGCAGCAGCAGCAGCUGAUGUCACAUCUGCAGCCAGCAGCAUGACAGCCAUGAUGACCACACCGAUGCCUUCGCGUUCCAGUACUGUGCCUGCCAUGAGUGUAAGCACUGCUGCAGAUGCAACGCCUUCGUCUUCGACUUCGCCCGCUAACGAUGACUCCGAGGGUUCUGGUUGGAGUGAAGAAGAUAACAUUUUUAAUCCGUCUGCGGCGACAACAGAAAGGCUAGGCGUCUCAAGGCGUCCCCGUCCAGUAGGUGGUGGGGGCGGUUCAUCGGGUGGAUUCGAUCUGUUGGGCUUCCUGCGCAGCGCCUUUGAUUUACGCCUAAGGCACCGUCGUCGUCGUCAAGCACGUCAAUUCUUUAGCACAUGCACAGAUCGCAUAACGAUGCCGUGCAUCAUUGAAGAUUUUAUUGGUACGGGGCUCGGCCCCUUGCCGGGUUGUGAACCGGUGCACUGCGGCGCCCAGUUUUGUUCGUCGGGUGUCUGGCCAUGUCGCAUUGAGAGCACCGUCACACCUUUCUACAUAGGAGUACAUUUUGGAGAUGGAAACGUCGAAGGCAAAGGAAGUGCAGAGGAUAACAUUGGUGCCUGUCUACGCUAUUCCCAGGUGCAGUGCAUCUAAGCAGCAAUUCUA